AUGUCAGAAGCCGGCCUCCCCCCAAACUGGGAAAUCCGCGUCUCCAAAACUCGCGGAAUCCCUUACUACUUCCACCCUCAAACCCAAGAAUCGCGCUGGGAAUCCCCCCCGGGCACCGACUCCGAGAAGCUCAAAGCAUACAUCGCCGCAAAAUUCUCCUCUUCCGGAGCUAGCGACCAAAGCUCCAAACCUCAAGGGGAAAAAAUUAGAGCUGCACAUCUACUCGUCAAACACGAGGGAAGCAGAAGACCAUCUAGCUGGAAGGACGCGGAAAUUACGAGAACUAAAGAGGAGGCUAGAUCUAUUCUGCAAGGGUAUGAAGAGAGGAUCAGAGGAGGUAGUGUCACACUCGCUGAACUGGCAAAGACGGAAAGCGAUUGUUCCAGUGCUAGGAAGGGUGGCGAUUUGGGAUAUUUUGGAAGAGGUGAUAUGCAGAAGGAAUUUGAGGAUGCCUCCUUUGCACUUCUACCUGGCGAGAUGAGCGGUAUCGUUGAAACGGCUUCUGGAUUGCAUUUGAUUGAACGAAUUUCGUGA